GCCCCCCCCCCAGCCCGGACCAGAGAGACGAACGGAAGGAGAAGCCGCAUUCUCCCGGCCCGCGCCCUCCCACAUCCGGCUCCCUGUCGGUUCCCCCACCACCACCGGAAGCCCAAGGCGGCCCGCUAGCCCCGCACUCCUGCGGGCUCUCGGUGGCCGUGGAGGAUCCGCAGGAUGGGGGACAAGAUGGCGGAGGAGGAGUUCCUCAACACAACCCAUGAGGGUCCCAAUAUAACGCUACAUACCACCCUGGCCAUCACUACCAAACUGGUGCUUCCAACUCCUGCGAAACCCAUCCUUCCCGUUCAAACUGGAGAACAGGCCCAGCAAGAGGAGCAAUCCAGUGGCAUGACUAUAUUCUUUAGUCUACUUGUUUUAGCUAUUUGCAUCAUAUUGGUGCAUUUAUUGAUCAGAUACAGACUACAUUUUCUGCCGGAGAGUGUUGCAGUUGUCUCUCUAGGUAUCCUCAUGGGAGCAGUUAUAAAAAUCAUAGAAUCUCAGAAGCUGGCAAAUUGGAAGGAAGAAGAAAUGUUUCGUCCAAAUAUGUUCUUUCUUCUCUUGCUUCCUCCUAUCAUAUUUGAAUCAGGAUAUUCAUUACACAAGGGUAACUUCUUUCAGAACAUUGGUUCCAUCACUCUGUUUGCUGUAUUUGGCACAGCAAUUUCAGCUUUUAUUGUAGGUGGAGGAAUAUAUUUUCUAGGUCAGGCUGAUGUAAUUUCUAAACUCAACAUGACAGACAGUUUUGCAUUUGGCUCGUUGAUAUCUGCUGUUGACCCAGUAGCUACUAUUGCUAUUUUCAAUGCACUUAAUGUGGAUCCAGUUCUUAACAUGUUAGUUUUUGGAGAAAGCAUUCUCAAUGAUGCAGUCUCUAUUGUUCUGACCAACACAGCUGAAGGCUUGACAAGAAAAAAUAUGUCCGAUGUCAGUGGGUGGCAGACUUUUCUACAAGCCCUUGGUUACUUCCUUAAGAUGUUCUUUGGCUCGGCUGCACUCGGCACUCUAACAGGGCUAAUUUCUGCACUAGUAUUAAAGCAUAUUGAUUUAAGGAAGACACCUUCCUUGGAGUUUGGGAUGAUGAUUAUCUUUGCAUAUCUUCCUUAUGGGCUUGCAGAAGGCAUCUCCCUCUCAGGUAUCAUGGCCAUCCUGUUUUCUGGUAUCGUAAUGUCUCAUUAUACACACCAUAAUCUUUCCCCAGUUACACAGAUACUAAUGCAGCAAACCCUACGAACUGUUGCCUUCAUGUGUGAAACAUGUGUGUUCGCAUUUCUUGGCCUGUCCAUUUUUAGUUUUCCUCACAAGUUUGAAAUUUCCUUUGUCAUCUGGUGCAUAGUACUUGUGCUGUUUGGCAGAGCUGUGAACAUUUUUCCAUUGUCCUACCUCCUAAAUUUCUUCCGUGAUCAUAAAAUCACCCCCAAAAUGAUGUUUAUUAUGUGGUUUAGUGGUUUACGUGGAGCAAUUCCUUAUGCCCUGAGUCUUCAUUUGGACCUGGAACCCAUAGAGAAAAGGCAGCUCAUUGGGACAACUACCAUAAUCAUUGUGCUCUUCACCAUCCUGCUGCUUGGAGGAGGGACGAUGCCCCUUAUUAGACUGAUUGACAUUGAAGAUUCAAAAGCUCGAAAAAGAAAUAAGAAGGAUAUCAAUCUCAGUAAAACAGAAAAAAUGGGUAACACCAUUGAGUCUGAACAUCUUUCAGAGCUCACAGAAGAAGAGUAUGAAGCCCAUUACAUCAAGCGCCAGGAUCUCAAGGGUUUUAUGUGGUUUGAUGCAAAGUAUCUGAAUCCUUUUCUCACACGGAGGCUGACCCAGGAGGACUUGCAUCAUGGCCGAAUUCAGAUGAAAACUCUUACCAACAAAUGGUAUGAAGAAGUGAGACAGGGACCAUCCGGCUCAGAGGAUGAUGAGCAGGAGCUGCUCUAAUACAGAAGAGGCUCGAGGACAAUUACCAAUGAGAUCACCAUCAUUGAGAUUUUUAGUCAUGUACAAGGUCUGAUGCUAAAAACUAUAAGAAACCUUGAAGCUUAUGCCUCCCCGGAGGCAGCCCUGUAUGUAAGUAUGCUGCACAUACAGAUACUGUUAAGUAUGACCUCCUCAGAUGAACUAGUUUUGUUUAUAAUUGCUGUGGUAAUUAAGAACAACUAAGUGGCUUAAAAACAACGAAUGAUGGAUUUUAACCUAGAAUUUCUCAGACCUUCUAGCCAAGAUGGUUGCUUUGAAAUAUGUGUUCUUUCCUCUUUAUUUUCCUUUUUAGAUGUCUGCCACAAAUGUCUUAUAUUAAUACGUACUUGUUUGACAACUCAAAAAGAUAGAGUGAGUAGCACAUUCUCUGUAGAAUUUUUCAUUAUCGGUUCCCAGUUGGGAGCUGUCACAGGUCAAGCUGUGAAUUGUGUGGCUUUUUGUAAAGGGGAAUCUGUCAUUUUUGACCCUAUACAUUAGAAGGGACCAGCAAACAAUGGUAGGACUAGGUAAUAGUGUGUGGGGAUGCCUUUUAAUUGGUCUCAGCCUUUCCUAGGCAAGUGUUUUCAUUGUGCUAUCAUAAGCAGGCAUGCUGAGGUUGGCAAGCACAGUCUUAAUAUGAGCAAACAUCUGCAUAUGUAGGACUGGAAGCCAGCUGUGGCUUGGACAACCUCCCCCUCAAAACAACAACCAAACCCAUAAUCACAAAAUAUUAAGGUAUUCCAGUCCACACAAAGAGCAGUUUUAUUGGAAAUGACAAAGCACAAAUAUAUUACCUUUGAUGCCUCCUAUUUUUUUUCAGCACUCCAAAGAAAUAAAAAUUGAUGAUGUCUUUUUUAUUUAACAUAUUGACAUCAUGUGCAGAAUCUUAGCGUAAAAGGCAGCUAGUUUCCCCAGGGAAUAUUAUGAAUGUUUACAUUUGAAUCCUUAGCCAGAUGCAAGUCCCAUUUCUUCAAAUGUGACUAGGAGGUUUGCCUCUCCUAAAUGUUACACUGCUCAUAGUUGAAAUUCUAAUUCUCACCUCUAAAAAAUGCCAAAUGUACAGAUUUAUUUUGGUUGGCCAACAUCUAUGUUUUGAUAUAUGUAUACUUUUAAAAAGCAGAAAGAACCUUCCAGUCACCAUAUCUGAUUCUGACACAGGAGAUAUGCUAGAGGGCAGUUCCCUGGUCGUUUUGCCUGGUGUAGCCUGGUAGCCACAGUGUUGUUGAAUUCACCACUUCUAUACCACAUUUCUCUUAAUUCCUCCUGUUCCUUGCUAUCCAAACUUCCCGCUCAUGUUCCUUAGCUCACCAAAGCACUCUUACCUGCCUUAUCACCACCUGGAUUAGCAAGGCAACUGCAAAGCCUCUUCACUGUCAUGCCAUUGUACUUGUUGCUAUUCCCACCAUCCCCUUUAACCAGCACAGCUGUCUUCAGCAGCACCUUUCUUAUCUUAAUCAUUUUUAUUACCUUCAUCAUCUGGUGAAUGAAAGUAACACCAAGAAUUACCCUAUUUCCCCUAGAAAAGCUUAUUUAAACAAUACAAAUCUUUAUCUAAAUCCCAGGGUUACUGCUCUGAUAACCUUGAGAUCUCCUUAAGAAGGACCUGAAAGUCUUUUCUAGCCUGUUGGGACAAUUCUGUUCCUUUUUCUUCCUGCCACCUGUGUGGCCAGUCAUGACUUGAACAAAUAUCUGUCUAUACAUACAGGUCCUAGGCAUUACCUCAUCUCUUCCAGUCCUUCCACUCCAAUAUAGCUAUGCCCCAAUUCAUGCAAAAAGUAGUUCUCUUUAAAGUGACAAAGCAUGUAAAAUAUCUUUGAAAUCUGUACACUUCUAUUUAUGGUGCCCAUACUCUUGAGAAAUAAAAAGAUGAGCACUCCAUUUAAAAAAUUUCUAUUAAAUGGUGAGAAGCUGCAUGGCAGAGUAGCUAAAGAGCUGGUCUUGGAGUUUAGGAAGAUUUGGAUUCAAGUCCUUCCUCUGAUAUGUAGUAGUUUGUGAUCAUGGUAAGUUAUAUAUGUUGGGGUUUUUUUUCUUCUUUUUCUUUUUGCUAGGCAGUUGGAGUUAAGUGACUUGCCCAGGGUCACA